AUGUCCACAAACCAAAAUUACGCUUACGAGGAACAACAAGAUGAUGAUGUACAAGGAUCCUCUCAACAACAGCAACAACAUCAACAUCAACAUUCGGCGCAAGUGACUACUUCCCAAGCUUCUUCUGUGCAACCAAGUAUAUCAUAUUACUACCCUCAACGCAGUGGUGGGAUGUACGACCCACAAACGGCGUACGCUGCCUAUCCUCAGUUGUACCAACAAAUGGGACAAAAUUAUUAUCAAAAGGAUGACAAGAAACCUUCCACCCAAGCGCCGCAAACCACUAACCAAGCAGCUUCGAUGACUCCUACCGCCGCCACUGUUGCUGCUGCCACCCCUAGUGUUGGGGUUGUUGGUGGCACUGGGCAAAAUACCGGGGCUACUUCGGUGGCAGGAUAUCAGUAUCCAAUGAUGAACGCCGCUGCUGCUGCUGCCACCGCCACUGGUUCUCCAUGGAUGCGUCCGGUGGUCACACAAGCACCAACAAAACCACGUAUCACCACCACUUUUUGGGAAGACGAGAAUACCGUGUGUUACCAAGUGGAGGCACGAGGAGUGGCGGUAUCUCGACGUGAAGACUCGAACUUCAUUAAUGGUACCAAGCUUCUUAACGUCACCGGAAUGACGCGUGGUCGUCGUGAUGGGAUUCUAAAGACCGAGAAGACUAGGUACGUUGUGAAGAUUGGGGCCAUGAACUUGAAAGGGGUGUGGAUUCCAUUUGAACGGGCAUUUGAAUUGGCGAGAAACGAGGGGAUUGCUGAUAGUUUAUUCCCGUUGUUUGUUAGGGAUAUCAAAUCGUUCUUCCUUAACGGGGGGUCGCUGGCCAAUGCUUAUUCUCCAGCACAGAAUAUGGCGGCUUAUGGAUAUCCUUCGGGGCCGGUGGCGACCUCCACUCCUCAAGGAGUGGAUGCUACCAGUAGUGCUUCUGCCACUGGGAAUCAUACAGGUGCUGAUGUUGUUAACACUAAUGCUAGCGGUACUGGUGGGAAUGUCACGGGGGAGAAUCCCGCGAUGUAUCAAUACCCAUAUAACCAGUACUACUCUCAGUAUUAUCCGAACCAGCAGUACAUGUACUAUAAUAAUUAUCAGUCCCAACAACCGCAAGGAUCAGUGGAGAAGAAAGAAGAGAAAUAA